AUAAAAAUGAUAGUAGGAAUACUUCUACGAAGUAAAGUAGAUACUUCACUCGUACAUUCAGUUAUGGUCGAGUACUCGUAUGAUAAGCACUCGUGAUUCAUUACAGUACUGUAAUGAUGGCGCCAAGGCAUUGCCAAAAACUGAUCACGACUGAUUAGUAGAAACCCGGAUACGGAAUCGCUCGUAGCGAGGUUUUAAUCUUUCCACCCAACAAAACAUUUGGUGGGUUACUGUAUUCGGAACAGCUUGCUUGGAAGUCACAAUACUGUAAUUAUCGCUAGAAUAAACAAGCUCGUGUAACGACAUCGAUGCAAUAUUUUAAUUAUCAAUAGGAUAAAGAUGGCAAUAAAAGUGAACCAUAAAAGUGAGUGGGAGUGUCAAAUAGUCAUCUGCGUUUUCGCAUUCCUCCAGGGGUCUACGGCACUCGCCCGUUGUGCGUCAUGAGUGCAACCUAACCAUGAGAGGUUUCCUGCUUCCCAAUGACUUCUUGUUCCCCUUUGAAGCGAUUUGCCGAAAGGCUCGAUCUAAGCAAAAAGCUGCUACCAAGAAAGAAUACCGACAACGAGCAAAUCUGACAUUGAUGAUCAGAAAGCCGAUCAUGGACUUCAGAAAAAAGAGAGGAAAAGCCAGCUCACACGAAAGUAGUAUCAGUUGUAUUUCAGACUUCAAGACCAUUUUGCAAUCUGCAAACCCAACGGAACAGGAAGUCAUUGAAGCUAUAGAAAAAGUUCGUUCACUAUGUUCGACACCCCCUACCCCUUACAUUGAUAAUAUGAUAAAUGCUGGGAUUGUUCCUUUACUCGUUGAUAUUUUGGAUUGUGGUAUUCGCAGGAAUUCAGGCCUCAUAAAAUCCAAGGAAGAAUGCAGUCGGUUGGUAGAUAAAGGUGGUAACAAGUGCAAAGCAGCGUCAAAUACUUGUACAAAAGUAUUCACCGUACAGGAAGACAAACUGAGAAAGCUUAUCUACGUGACGGCCUGGGCACUCACUAAUAUUGCUUUAACAAGCGCUAAUCAUGUUGCAAACUCAGGAGCAAUCAAGCCUCUUAUUCAGCUCUUGUCACACAACGAUGUGAAAAUAAAAGAACAAUCUGCGUGGUGCUUGGGGAAUAUUGCUGGAGAAGGAAGCAUUUUACGAGACCAAGUAUUGGAUGGAUCUGCCAUUGAGCCACUGUAAGUAUUCUAUCGACGCACUGUGCGUUGUAUUUUUAUAUUCGAAACACAUCGUUUCUCAUUGUAUGACAUUCUCUUCGUUGAUUUAAUUCUGUGAUGUAGUUUGACAAACUUGGCCGAUCCGAAAAACACUUCAAAUCUUGGAAUCAUCGUUUUUGCUAUAUCCAACCUAUGCAAAGGAAAUCCAACAUCGCUGGCACCUUUUAGAACAAAAAUUUUUCAUAAUCUAGUGUUUGUUCUGCUAGAUAAAUCAACCAUGGAAGAACUCGCUACAGAUGUGGUUUGGGCGCUUUCGUAUCUUUCGAACGAAGACGAACAGCAUACUGAACUCCCCAUUUCACCGUGCUUUUUGAGAAAAUUAAUGAGCAAAUUGAUCGAGCUCCUCGAGAUUAAUUUCAAGUGCAAGAAGCCAAUUAUCCAAAUAAUUGGAAAUGCGGUGUCAGGAAGCGAUAGUCAGACGCAAAUCGUUCUAGACUCCGGAUUUCUCAACCACCUGGCAGAUCUUUUAGGAAAUUCGUCAACUGAAGUUCGGAAGAACUCCUGCGGGAUCAUUGCAAUGAUUGCAUGCGGAAAUCACGAUCAGAUACAACAGCUGAUGAAAAGAAAGAAGAUUUUACACCAAUUGGUUGUGAAGGCCACACAUGAUCAAUGGAGCGUGAGAAAGGAGGCGCUAUGGGCCAUAGUAUAUAUUUUGACAAAUGGAAGCUACACAGAUAUUUCAUGGAUGAUUGGCGCAAACGGAUUUGACCCGCUGAUUACUUUCCUGGCACUAGAAAAUUCUGACGUCAAACUUUUGGUUGCUGUACUCGACGCUGUCGAGAAUGCCUUCAAAGCACAUCAGAAGUAUUUAGAUUUAUUUGCGGAAAAUAGGGGGAUUGACUAUAUCGAGGAGCUUCAAAAGCACAGAAGUGAUGUUGUCUACAAGAAAGUUGUUCAUCUGAUCGACAAUUUCUUUGGAGUGGAAGAGGAUGAGAACUCACUUCCAGCGACAAAUGAUUCUGGUCACUUCACUCUUGGAAUGACAAGCGUUCCAACUCCGAAAAAUUUGUUUCCUAUCAAACAGAACCAGGGGUCUCCAAAAGAAUCGUCAUCUCCCUUUCGACAUCUUUUCACCAAUAAUCGUUCGUCGCAUUAAUUAGCUUAAAUGCCACUUCUCGGAAUGAGUAGUUCGGGCCUUCAAGUGCUGGCUAAUUUCCACGAGAUAAAGCACCACCUCUUCGUGGAGGGUACCAAUCGACAUCGGUAACAAAGAAGAAAACUACGGCGUCCUCAACAGUAGCACGAAAUUUGUGCGUCUGAUCGAUUUGGCAGGCACACGAUGAAAUUCAAAAUAGAGACAUCUUCCCUUUUUCCUUUCCUACCCCACAAUAGUAUUGAGACGGGAAAGCUCUCUGAAUUCAAAACAUCUGGAUCUCAACACAUCUUCCCAUCACCAGCAAUCUAUAGAAAAGGAUCGAUUUGAUGCAGGUAUAGCUACAAACUUCU